AUGUCGAACCAGUUGGUGGGUAUCGUCUUCGACCGCGUCAUCCAGGAAGUAUGCGAUUCGUCCCAGAUCGACUUUGAAGAAGGUGGUGUUGACCAGCAGACGUUGGAAGACCUGAGGAAAGGAUGGCAGAAGAAGCUCUCAUCUCUCGGGGUUGCCCAGUUCCCCUGGGAUCCUCCUCCUCAACCCCCUCCACCCCCUCCACAGCAGGCCCCAAUUCCUCCGCCGCCCGUGACCGUGCCGUCCAAUGCGCCUCGUACGUCACCACCACCUCCACAAGAGUUUCCAGAACAAAUACCCCAGUCCCAGCCGCCUCUGGCUCCCGCAAAUGGCUCUGGACAAGCUGCGGGUGAGGUUCGCGUCAAGACUGAACCUGGGUACCCUACGACGUCGACAGGCAUUCCCACCACAGCUGCCCAUAUAGCGCAGCAGCGGGCGGCCGAUGCCCUACAUCAACGUUACGGCGCGGCUGCAGCUAGCCAGAUCCACCAGUUACAAGCUCAAUCUCAGGCAGCGUUGUCCCUUCCUGGCCAGCAGCGACUUCAGACCAGUCAGUUUAACGGUCCGCAAAGCCAAGACCCGAAGGUAUCACAGCAGGGCUCGCAAAGUAACACCGUUGGAAACGGCCAAACCGAUGGCGCGGGCGAUUCCGAAAUCGAUGCACUCUCAGAAUGGAAGGCGGAAGUUGCGAGGAGAAGAGGAGAGGCGACAAAGAACGGAGCGCAAGCCGACCGCGUCAUGCGGAAGUAUGUCGAGCUCAGAGGACUGCAGAUGGAAGGUAACGGUCUCCUAGCCCCGCUUCAUGAACGAUACCCCCGCGCGAAUGGAAAGAAGCGUAAGGUCACCGUCAAAGCAGAGUCUGCAAUUCCUGGCCCUUCCAUCGCAUCGGAAGCAACUAUCCCGUCUCAAGCGGGUGGAUAUGACGGUGUCGAUGAGUUUGGGAUUAAAAAAGACGAAGAUGAAGACGCAAUUAAUUCCGACCUUGAUGACCCCGAUGACCUUCUUGACGACCCUGAAGGCGAUGAUGCAGUCGGCCAAGUCAUGCUUUGCACAUAUGAUAAAGUGCAGCGCGUGAAGAGCAAAUGGAAGUGCACACUAAAGGAUGGUAUCUUAACUACUGGAGGGAAAGAAUAUGUUUUCCAUAAAGGCACCGGGGAAUUUGAAUGGUAUUAGCGAAUAUGCGAUAAUAUGAGGUCCCUAAGGUAUUACCCAGUUAAGACGAUUGCUCGGGACAGAUUUAUUCCUUUCUUAAACUUUUCUUUUCCCUCCUUGGCUAGACCAAGAUGUAACCAGUAUCUGCCAUCUUUCGUCGUCUUUCUUGAUUGCAAUCUUUCUUUUCUUUCGUUUUCCCUAUGUCUUUCUUUGACAAUGGCGUUCUUAGUGGAGUUCAGGCACGGAGGAACGAUUCGUUUCAUUGAAAACCCCAGACCGUGGAUUGUUCUGAUGAUAAGCUAUACCGUCCAUUUUUCUUUUCGAGAAGGAUUUCCGAAUCGGGGCA